AUGGCCUGGUCUUCGUCGGAAGCUCAACGAUACAAGAUUAAUUACGACACGACAACAUUCGUUGAAGACAAUACAGCUGGACUGGGAAUUGUAAUACGGAAUAGUGAAGGUCACGCACUGGUCUCACUGACGCAACAAAUCCCUUUGCCAGCCACUGUGAUCGAGACUGAAGCACUUGCAGCAUGGAGAGCGAUGGAGCUUGCACUGGAACUCAGUUUGGAAGACAUCGUUCUGAAAGGCGACAAUGAAUCUCUGUUUAAAGCUUUGAAAAACAGAGGUAGAAGUUUAGCACAGCACGGUCAUCUUAUAAACGAUAUUUUAUUCCUCAGUUCGUUUUUUACAACUUUUUCUGUAUCUUGGGUACGGCGCCAGUGUAAUAAGCUGGCCCACUCCCUAGCUCGUAAGGCAAAAGUUCUACCUGUUAUGACCGUUUGGAUGGGUGACAUCCCACCAGACCUUGUAUCAGUUUUCCAAGCAGAUCUAUCUAGCCUGCCUUAA